UGAAUGACAUCAUCAACAACAAUGAUAUUGAUAUAUAUAUAUGAAUAAAUAUGCAGGCUUAUUGACAGGAAUCUGAAAAUAAAUAAGCAUGCAGGCAUAGCUCUUCAUCAUCAUCAUUAUCAUCAACCUUACAAGAAAAGUUUCUUAGUCUUUAAUUAGGAAAAUGAAUUCCAUCAUUGAAAGUAAUAGAAAACCGCAUGCAGUGCUAACACCUUAUCCACUUCAAGGCCAUAUCAAUGCAGUGUUCAAACUAGCAAAGCUUCUUCACCUAAGAGGCUUUCAUAUAACCUUUGUCCACACUGAAUACAACUACAAACGCUUCCUCAAAUCAAUGGCUAUGUCUCCCAACAACAACAACCACCUUAUUCAUUCCAUUCCGCACUUUUGUUUUGAAACCAUCCCUGAUGGUCUUCCCCAUCCUGAUGAUAAUGGCAAUAAUCAUAAUCAAGAUCUUCAUGCUCUUUUGGACUCAGUCAGGAACAAAUUCCUCGCCCCGUUUCGAAGCCUUCUUGCUAAACUUAUAGAGUUGGCCUCAGCUGGUGCUGUCCCUCCAGUUACUUGUCUUGUUUCUGAUGGAACCAUGCCUUUUACUAUACAAGCUGCUCAAGAUCUUGGACUCCCUAUCCUUCUCCUUUUUCCAUCUGCUGCUUCUUCAUUCUUGUCUGCUAUGCACUUUCGCACUCUCAUUCAUAAAGGUCUCAUACCACUCAAAGAUGAGAGUUGUCUGACAAAUGGAUAUUUGGAGACAAAAGUUGAUUGGAUUCCAGGAAUGAAAAAUUUUAGACUCAAGGACCUGCCUGACUUUAUAAGGACAACAGAUCCAAAUGAUCCCAUGUUGCAAUUUCUCAUGGAAUUGACAGAUAAAGCUCACAAUGCUAAUGGUGUUGUUUUGAAUACUUUUGAUGAACUCGAGGGUGAGGUAGUCAAUGCUCUCUCCUCUAUGUUACCUGCUGUUUACACCAUUGGCCCUUUCCCUUCAUUUUCCUAUCACAAUCCAGAGGAUCAACAACUGGAAAUUUUGGGUUCUAAUCUUUGGAAAGAAGAUACUGUGUGUCUUGAAUGGCUCGACUCCAAGGAGCCGAGAUCUGUUAUUUAUGUGAAUUUCGGCAGCAUAACAGUUAUUUCGCCCGAGAAACUAUCAGAGUUUGCGUGGGGUUUGGCCAACAGCAAGAAGCCGUUCUUAUGGAUCAUUAGGCCUGACCUUGUUAUUGGUGGCUCGGUGGUUCUGUCCCCGGAGUUUGUUGAUGAGACUCGAGGUAGAGGCCUAAUAGCUAGUUGGUGCAACCAAGAGCAGGUGCUGAACCACCCUUCAGUUGGUGGAUUCUUGACUCACUGUGGAUGGAACUCGACCACUGAAAGCGUGUGUGCCGGAGUGCCAAUGUUGUGUUGGCCGUUUUUCGCAGACCAACCAACAAACUGUAGAAAUAUAUGUAAUGAAUGGGGCAUUGGGAUUGAAAUUAAUAACGAUGUGAAGAGAAAGGAUCUGGAGAAUCUUGUCAAUGAAUUGAUGGUGGGAGAGAAGGGAAAGAAGAUGAGACAAAAGGUCACGGAGCUCAAGAAGAAGGCAGAGGAGGUGACUAGACCCGGUGGUUCUUCAUACAUGAACUUGGACAAAGUGAUUAAGGAGGUCUUACUGAAAGAAAACUAGAUUAAAUUACUGCCAUAUUUUUUCUUUCUUAAUAAUGAAAUGCAGUAUUGUGAUCAUUCAAUUUUAUCUUUCUCCUGUUGAAUAUGCAGCCUUGUGUAGUAAAGAAAUGGUGGCAUCUGUUUGUGCUCCAUGUAGUGGAAUGUGAAGUCCUCAUCAAGCUGUGUGAUUUUUUAAUGAUUAAGAUUAAUUGUUUGCCGGCUAGUUUAGGAAUUGAUGAUUAGUUUAUGUUACUAAUAACUACAAGUUGAAUGCAUAAGUUCCAGAGAGUAAAGACAAUUUAUUCCAUUAAAAAAUAAUAUAUGCUUCUGCAUUUUGAGUAAGAAGUCUUCAAUUCAUAAAAUAAUGAUUAAAGAAGUGUUGUUAAACUUAUUGAUACUAGUUUUUCCUUUCUCCCUGUGAUGCUAAUGCAUAAUAACUACUAAGUAACUGUGAAUAUAGUUCUUUUGACUUUUUGUUCAAUCUAUCUUUUAGUAAUAUGAAAAUGUUAAAUGUCACUAAGAUGAAGCAUAAUGAAAACCAAAUUUAAACCCUUUAAAAUACAUGACCAUAUGAUGUAACACAAAGUAAUACCCCUGAACCUUUCUCUCUAUUGAUAUCUCCACCCUGUACUUAUUUGUCUAUAUACAAAUUUCAUUCUUUGUUUGCAAGAUUGGCUAAAUUGAGAA